AUGCCCAAUACUUCCCAGGAUUCAAAGUCAAAAACAUCUCGCUUCAGGAUGUCUACACAAUCACGUCCAUUUAGUCGCCUGUAUCGGUCUCAAUCUGGCUAUCCAGACAUCAAAUACCCGAAUGAUAGCACCAAUAGUACCGAUAGUAUUGAUAUUAGUAAUAGUGAUCGUCGAAAACCAGUCUUUCGUCGACUUCAUAAAGCCUACAAAAGUCUAUUGACAAACUUCACCAUCAAAAAAUCCUCUUCAACACCUUUAAAACCAACAGAACCUCAAUCUUCAAUAUCACCUCAACCAUCAAUAUCACAAAUGGCACAAACAGCACCAAUACCACGCAUCCAACUCGUUCCAUCAUCUUCAACACCCCAAAAACCCACGCAUAAUCCUUUGUUCUCACAAUCUGCUGUAGAACCAGUCACAACAGUACCCUUUUACACGCCAAAAGCACGACCUUUUUCACAAUUUAUUGGUAUCAGUUGCAUGAAUGAAGACAAUGCCAAAGAGGAAGAGGAAGAAGAAGAGGAGGAGGAGGCUAAGGCAAAUGAUGAAGACGGUCACGAAAUCGAUGAUGAUCAUGAUAAUGAUAAUGAGGAGCCAAAUGAUAGUAGUAUUAUCGUUACCUGUCCAGUUGACAUCAUAUCCACCACCUCAUCCUCAUCUUCAUCCCUUCACACCGAAGACUUCCUUGGGCCACAGCUUGAAUCAACCCCGACUACAUUUAAUGACUUGAGAGUCUUGUCGGACCCUUACUCUCUUACAUUCACAUUCACACCCAUCAAGAAUCUCGAGACCCCAAAAACUUUCGCUUCACGUAUUGAUUUCAUUCCCAUCUUACCUUUACGUACCCGAUCUGCUGCUCUUCGAAAGUCAGACAUACAGCAACAAAAGGCACUGGCUGUCUGGAAAAAGUCGAUUAUUGAACUCCAACAAAAAACAUACUCUCAAUCAUUGAUCUCAGAUAUUCACCAUCAAAGACUUACUCUACCCGAAACCAAGAGAACGGCACUAGUUAACUUUAUUUUACAUGAGAUCGUCACCACAGAACAAUCCUAUCACCAGCUCCUCACUCUAAUUGAAACACGUCACAUGCGUGAAAUGGUUCAAGCCUCAAAAGAAAAGGUUCCUCUAGUCAAAUCAACCGAUAUCCCGGUCUUAUUUGGCCACCUCCCUGUUCUUCUUGCCUUGUCCAACCAAAUUCUGGAGGCGUUUAAGGCCCAGCCUCCUCCUCCUCCUCCUCCUCAUACUUCAGCUUCGACUAUAACUAUACCUACGCCUACACCUACACCUGCAUGGCAGCCCUGGUCUGUGCCAGUUGGACAAACCUUCUGCUCCCUCUCUCAACCCCUUGUCAUCUUUCUUCAAUACGCCAUUCAUUACCGAACUCACUCAAGAAUCAUUCAAAAAGCAUGCAACAAUACAGUAUUUACGAAAAUCGAUCAGAAAACACUUCGAAGGCGGGAUACCAAUCGCCUUGGGAUGAGUGAUUUCUUGAUCGCGCCGAUUCAGCGUGUACCUCGAUAUUGCAUGCUACUUAAAGAUUUACUCAAAUACACAGACAGGUCUGACAAGGACCAUGAACCGCUCACAAGAGCUCUUUGUACAUUGACAGGUCUCGUAAUGGCAAUGAAUCAUGAUCAACCUUUAUAA